UUAACACCAUUUUAUAUAGGCAGGUAGUAUCUUUAUUUUUUCAAAAUAAUUAUCGUUAUAUAUUCAUAUGAAAAAAAAAACUUUCGGGCUGGAGUCCCUCCCCCAAAUUAAAUCCUGGAUCCGCUCGUGCGUAAUUUCUUCCCAUCUUGUUCGGCAGUUAUCCACUUCCGGAUAUCGAAUUUUCAGUUGUCUUCCAAUUUGUCUCCUCAGUCCAUAAAGUUGAUCGUCCUUCCGGGAAUGUCCUGUUCAGUCAUCCUAGAAACAACUCCAGCCCAUCUAAACAACCCAUGCAGAUGAAACAUCCCCAAUCAUACUCUUGCCUUCUUAGUCAGUUUAGAUUACUCUUUUAAAAUGAUAAUUUCUUUCAAAUACCAGGAUAAUUUGCUCAUCCGACGUUUUUUCGGGAUAGUGUUUGUUUAAUUUAUACCAAUAUGUCGCAAUUUUUCAUUCGCUUGAUUCAAUUGAAACACUUAAAGAUAGAACAGGUUAUAACUGUUAUUCACAAUGUUAUAAAUAAUAACUGAAAAAAGAAGGAAGUGUACUCUGUUAGACAGUAUAACAACUAUACUUUAACCGUUUGAUAAUGUCUGAUAGGUAUGUGUCAUCUUUAAAUGAUCGAUACAGAUAAAAAGAUAAGCGGUAUUAUAUAUGUGAGAUACAGAGCCCUGAUAUUUAGUUACAAUGCUGGCGGCCGUGCUGUGUGUUGCGGCCUUGGGGCACCUCGUCCUAGGAGAGAACCCCCAGGUCACCACCUCCUAUGGUACCAUGAAGGGGCAGGUCCUCAAGUCUAGGGACGGCAGGGACUUCUUCUCCUUCACUAGGAUACCUUACGCCAAGCCACCUGUCGGAGAACGGAGGUUCAUGAUUUCAGAGAAAGCAGACAACUGGACUGGGAUAUUAGACGCAACCAAACCCAUCCCUUCCUGUUACCAGAUUAAUCCAUGGCAGCCAGGCUCUGGACAAGAGGAUUGCCUGUAUCUGAAUAUCUUCACACCAAAAUUAACUGGAAAAUAUCCUGUUAUCUUCAGCAUACACGGAGGUGCCUUCGUAGCAGGCUCUGCAUCAGGUUUCAAAACAGCCAAGUAUUUUAUGGAUGAAGAUGUAGUCUUCGUUGCACCUAAUUAUCGAGUUGGAACCAUCGGAUUUCUCAGUUUUGAAGAUAAGGUUAUACCUGGAAACUUUGGUCUUAAGGACCAAGCAUUGGCACUGGAAUGGAACAUCGUUAUUCGGCCUACUACAGCUCCAGUUCUGGAAUCUGCUGAUGGACCUGGAGCGAUCCUGACCAGUUGGCCAACAGCGGCAGACCAUAAAUACCCCUGGAUCAUAGGAGUGUGCCAGGAUGAAGGAUUGCUCUUUACCGGAAUUUAUGAGUACAACAGGACAAGCAAAGAAGAAACAGAUAAAUUUAUUAAUACAUUCAAUGAAACUAUGACUUCACUGCUCAAUUUGGAAAAUAAGCCUAAAGAAUUCGUGAAAGUAUGGGAGAGGUUUUUUACAAAAGGUCUCGAACCUUUGAAAGCUAUCCGAAAUUUUCUUACUGAAUACAUGUUUCUAAACCCGACUUUGGUUGCUUUAAAUAAACACGCGGGACCGACAUAUUUCUACAACUUCAACUACACUGGAGGACCUCAAGUCUUCGCUGGUAACGAUGAAGCUAAAGGAGUUGGACACGGUGCUGAACUAGCAUAUUUUUACGAGUCUUCCAGUGAAAAGCCUGACUGGCCUAAAAUUGCAGAUAUCCAAUUGUCCAAGCAGCUGGUAAAGAUGUGGGCGAACUUUGCAAGAAAUCAAGCACCAAGCAGCCAAGGUAUGGUACAAUGACCCCAGUUCAAAGGACAAUAUUUCUUGGAUAUAGAAAACUCUGGAGUUGCCACAAGCAAUUUUACCCAAUAUCAGGAAAUACUCGGUUUCUGGAGGGAUAUUUUUCCAGACCAUACUUCAGGAUCGUCAAGUAUCCAUUCGACGUUUUUGUUCAUUGGAGCUUUGAGUAUUUUCACCGCCUUCAAAACGCUGUAUUUUUAGGACGUGUUCAUAAUAGGAUUAAAAUUAAAGCUGUUGUUAAACUUGAAAAAAAAAAUUUAUAUUAUCACUUUUUUAUAUUAAAGGAGUGCCUAAAUUAUCAUGUAUAUAAACCUCAGUGUGUUUUGUCUCAUUUUUUUUUUAUUAUAUAUUUACAAAUAAGGAUUCCUCGUUCGAUAAGUCGAUAAGCAUUAUAUUGUAGGGUAAGAAAGCAUCUAAACUUUCCUUAAUGGCGAGAGACCUAUAUUUCACAAAUCACUCACGAUGGUUCCCUAAACCUGAAGUAUGACGAGUUAUAAAGAAAUCAGUGGAUUAGAUUGGAUCUUUCUUUCAAUUUCUGUUACAUAGCGUUUUCGAUUUUAUUCAGCUCUAGAGCAGUUUUUUUUUUUUUUUUUAUUUAUUUUCUUCAUUUAUCCGGGAGAUAUUUAUUUUCGAGGUAUAAAAGUAAGAAUAUUUUUUUCCAGUGAUUGAUUCUCCCAUUCAUUCCACUCAACUAUAUCAUAACGUUUCGGGAUCCACGUAUUUCCCAUCUUCAGACUAGAAAU